AUGUUCGCAGGUACUCCAGUUAAAAUGCAGCUAUAGUUUUUAGUAUUGUGCUUAAUAUAUGCGUUUUAAUGCACAGUCUUUAAUGCUAUUCCAUUUUUAUAUUAUCGUUCAGAUCUUGAGUGUAAAAUAGAUGGCAAAUGGUAGAUUUGCCAAGAACAAGAUAUUUGCAAUAAUGGCUAUGAGUAUUAGUUCACAAAUACAAACGGUAUGAAAAGCAUAUCUAUGGAUUAUGGAUUGAUUUGCAAUCAAAGACUAACCGAAUCUACAUUGAUUUCUAUAGGUUUCAUAGGAUAAUUUAGUGCCUUUUUCAUAGCAAUUUUCACUGAAGUUCCCAAGAAUCAGAAAACAAAGGUAUUAUUUUUGAGCAUCCUUGUUGAAGGAAUCAUUUUAUAUUCUACAGCUUUGAUAAAAGGAUUUAUAUACUGGAUUAUGAUAGUUAUUUUUGUGUGGAAUUUCGUUUACUCUUAUCUCUACUCAUAAAUAUUUGCAUAUAUUAAUGAUAUGUAUACAGACUCAAUUAAAGACAAUUCAAUUAACAUUUUAAAUAUAUUUUGGACUUCAUGCGCUCUACUCUACAUUAUUUAUGCUCAGUUUGAUGGAAACUGGAUAAACUACGUAGCAUACUUUAGUGGAGUAACUGUUUUUACUUUGAGCAUACUUUUUUUUGCUCUUUAGUCGCCCCCUGCUGAGGUAGAUCCAAUAAUUGAACCAUUAAGGAAGUUUUCUGUGAAUGAACUAGCAAGUGAUAAAUAAAUAGCUAAAGAAUAAUAAAGAAACUUCAUAGAAGAUUUGAUACAAAAAUUUAGAUCACUCAAAAAUAAUAAAAAAUAUUUGGUAAACUGCUUAAUAUUCAUUUGUGCAUGGACAACAUUUUAGCUGAGCUACAGCACACCUUUCAUAGCAUUUAACAACUUAGGAGGUGAUAUUCAAAGGAAUGUUUUAGUUUCUGUGAUAGUAGAUGUAGCAAGUAGUUUUGCAUCAUUUUUUAUUUUAUAUUUCAUUGAUGGCUUUAAGGCUCUUAACUACAACAUAAUCAUAAUUGCAAUUCUUUAAACUGUAUCAUAUUUUUUUGCUUACAAUAAUUUUGCUGUGUAAUUGAUAGUUAUUCUCGCAACCAAACUAUCUACAAGGUUGGGAUUAACUACAUGUCUUGCAGUUCUUCCUUUUGUUUUACCAUAUAUUUUUAAUUAACUUACCUUUAAUAUUGCUAACGUGAUAGCAAUUUUGCUCAGUGCACUUCUUCCUUAUUAUAGCUACUAUAUGCAACUUUACUAAUUGAGUAUUUUCUGUGGGAUAGGAGUUCUUCACUUUUUGCUUCUCUUAUUGGUGCAAGGAUUUAAGAAACUCGCAGAUGAAAAUUCUGAAAUCAAGGCUUCUAGAAUUUCUAAGAGCGUAAUUAAAAGGUCUAGCUUUGGACCUGUAAGAAAAAACUCAGAUAUGCUUAUUGAGACUAUUUUGCGUAAAUCUUCCAUGAUUGUUCCAUAAGCAGGUCUGAUGCUACUUGAUAAAUAAUCAGCAACAAUAGACAAAAUAUACAAUUUAUAGGCCAAGUAAAGCGAGUUAGAAACUAUUAACGAAAUUUGA